CCAAGCUCCAGCUGCCCAUCCCGCAGUGGCAUCCCAGUGGGAUCGUGAAGCUCCCCUGCAAGGACUUCCAGACCUACAUGGAGCUGGUGGUCUCGGAGCUGACGGGCAACGAGGACGAGGUCCUGGACAACCUGGUGGAGUUCCUCAUGAUGGCCGUGGACUGGACUCACCUGGAGCGGCUGCGAGGGAGCGCCCGGAGGAAAUGGCUCCUGGGGAUCGAGCAGACGGCCAAAGUCAGCGGGGGGUGCAUGGAGCCCGUCUACCAGGCCCUCUUCAAGACCCUUUCUCGGGAUGCAGAUGCCCACGGGAAGAGCAAGAGGAUCAGUGCUUCCGUGGCCCUCCUGGAAUACAACCUCAUCAACCCAGCUCGGGGGGACAUCCUCCUGCGUUACGUGGCUUGCACCGAAGAUGAUGCCCCUUACGUCCUCAACAAGGCGCUCUUCAUGGAUAUGAAAGGAAUCAGCUUUGCCGCAGCCCUGCAGGACAAGCCCAUCCACGUCCCCCGCGUCCAGCUGCACGGAAACAUCCAGUUCUGGAACCACGACCGUCUCCCGAAGGAGAGGACGGGCUCGUUCUUGGUCCUGCCGCUGGAGGAUGUCCGAAGGAGGGUCUUCGGCGUUCUGGGGCUGGACACCCUCCGGGACAAGAGCGACCAGACUAUCUUCGUCCCCCACGAAAUCCGUUUCUAUCAGGGGGCCGCAAACACCUUCAGCACGGCCUACCACCACAUCCGCACCCAGGACUGUCUCAAGCAGGUGAUCAUCGCGGCGGUGGGGUGGAUUUCCAACCAGACGACCAGGCUUCAGAGCAUCACGACCUACUUCAUGGAGCCCGGCGAGAACCGGAUGCAAGACUACACCCUACGCAAAGUGAUGACGUCGGAUCUGAGGGAGAAGUCCGAACUCCAUCCCUCAGCAGCUCCAGUGCUCAACAGGAAAGAUGACUUCUUUAGGUCGGUUCAGGAGAAACGACGUUAAAGGUACGUAAACAAACAAUGUCUGAGUAUCCG